AUGCUCUUGGUAAUUUUAUUUUCGGUUUAUGCGAUACAAGGCACCGUUCUGUUGGUCACAAAUGGUCUUCUUGCACUCGCGUUGUUCAAAAAUGUCACUCUCAGACGACAAUACGUUAUACAGCUUUAUCGGGUUAUUGUUGACUCAAUGGUUGGAAUUGCGUUAUUGUUGGCCGGUACAGGUCGGCUGCUGUUCCUCUUCACCAAACAUAGUGCAGCUCUCAAAAGUCAGUUCUAUUGCAUGCUGAUGCCAUGGAACGUUAUAUCUGUAUGGUCAGUGAUCGUUCAUUUCUCAUAG